CACUGUCAGUGCAGAUCCCGAUACAGGGUUUGAACUCACGAACCAUGAGAUCAUGACCUGAGCUGAAACCAAGAGUCAGACGCUUAAUUGACUGAGCCACCCAGGCGCCUCUGUCUCUAUUGGUUCCAGAAGCAUGCUUGACACAGAAGGUCUACAUGCUAAUGAGGCAUCAAGGGUCAGAAGUCAUUCCUACACUCAAGUGAGCAUUCUCUGGGAGAACUUGCCUGUGGAGAGUCCCAUGGUUUAGAACUUGAUGCUCUCUUGUAUGAUCUCCAUACACACUCAGAGAUCCUUUCUGUUCCUGUCACUUUCAGCAGACUCAUCAGCUUCUGAGUCAUUAUAGAGAGGACUCUAAAGUGCAUCAUGACUCACACCAACUUUACCAUCUUUCACCCUGCAGUUUUUGUCCUACUGGGCAUCCCUGGAUGGGAGGCUUAUCACAUUUGGCUGUCAAUACCCCUCUGCCUCAUGUAUAUCACUGCCAUCGUGGGGAACAGCAUCCUGAUAGUGGUCAUCAUCACAGAACGUAAUCUUCAUGAGCCCAUGUACUUCUUUCUCUCCAUGCUGGCCAUCACGGACAUCCUGCUGUCCACUACUACCGUACCCAAGGCUCUAGCCAUCUUUUGGCUCCAUGCCCAUGACAUUGCCUUUGAUGCCUGUGUCACCCAAGUUUUCUUUGUCCAUGUGAUGUUUGUGGGGGAGUCAGCCAUCCUGUUAGCCAUGGCCUUUGACCGCUUUGUGGCCAUCUGUGUCCCCCUGCAUUAUACAGCCGUGCUAACAUGGCGUGUUGUGGGAAGGAUUGGUCUGGCCAUUGUCACCAGAAGCUUCUGCAUCAUCUUCCCAGUGAUCUUCUUAUUGAAGCGGCUGCCCUUCUGCCGGACCAACAUUGUCCCCCAUUCCUAUUGUGAGCAUAUUGGAGUGGCCCGCUUGGCCUGCGCUGACAUCACCAUUAACAUCUGGUAUGGCUUCUCAGUGCCCAUUGUCAUGGUCAUCGUGGAUGUGAUCCUAAUUGCUGUGUCUUACUCACUGAUCCUCCGAGCCGUGUUUCGUUUGCCCUCCCAGGAUGCCCGGCACAAGGCCCUUAGCACUUGUGGCUCCCACCUCUGUGUCAUCCUUAUGUUUUAUGUUCCAUCCUUCUUUACAUUAUUGACCCACCGCUUUGGACAUAACAUUCCUCGACAUGUCCAUAUUCUGCUGGCCAAUCUUUAUGUGGUGGUGCCACCAAUGCUCAAUCCCAUUGUCUAUGGUGUGAAGACUAAGCAGAUCCGGGAGGGUGUAGCCCACCGGUUCUUCGACAUCAGGACUUGGUGCUGUGCUUCCCCUCCGGGCUAAUGUCUCCUCAGGAAUCUGCCCUCCAAGCUUUAUCAAGGAAAUUAAGUGUGAAAUACAGAGAUUUCCUGGACUAAGAGGGCUUUUACUUCUCUUCCUCUUUUUCUUCGUGGACCUUCUUUGUGGUCCUCCUCCAACUUUUCUUUUUUCCUCUUCUGGUUCUUCAUCUUUGCCUUCUUCUCCUGUUUCUUUGUAUUCUUUAUCUUCUUCUCUUCUCACACCCCUCCUCCACAACCCAGGAAUAAUAACUAAGCAUACAUGCUUCUGAUGUGAACAUUUGGUAUCUUCAGUAGACCAGACAUACUCCAGAAACACAGAGAACUGAACAUAACAUGAAGUGAGUUAUGAGUACUUGGAUAAAAAUAGUUUUAUAUUUAACAUCUGAAGAGAUUACAGUUUCUUUUUUUUUUUUUAUCUCCAAAUGUGCGUUGAUUCUUUGUACAAACUCAAGUAGCUCUUCACUCACUUUUAUAAUGGCAGUUGUUUUUGAAAAACAGUCAUACGUGUCCUUCAGCCAUCUGGAAAACUGCUCAUUCUUCAAAUUUCAGAUCAAGAACUACUUUCCCUGAAAACUCUUUCCUGACUUUUCCAGGCAGUCCAAGGUUCCUAUCUUUGUACACUGAUUGCAUCUUGUACAAAUCUCAAAAUGUAUGCAGUGAAUUGUAAGAGGUUGUUUAUUUAUUUGUACCCCUAAUUGAUUGUAAAUUCCUUGAAAUCAGAAGAGUAUGUGUCAUUCAUAUUUGUACUCUCAGUGCAUUAUAAAAUGCCUGGGACACAAUAAAUGUUUGAGAAAUGAAUGGGAGCACAACUACCCAAUUACCUCCUGAUGUUAGAACAGCAUUUCUCUUAUGCACUUAAAUGAUCAGCUAAAUUAGUCCACACACCAGGGAUGAGUAAACCAGUUCCUCACAAAGUCACUUUGGUGUCAGGGAAGUAAACAAGCUGCAGAUUGCAGAGUUUCUUACUUCUUGCAUGUUUGCUGUAACACAGAGAUCAGGGAAUAGACUAGAGUAGGAGGAAACAGGUUACUCUUGAUUUUCUCUUCUAACCUGGCUCCUACCCUUCUCAUUAUUAGUAAUUAUAGCACAUUGUUCCUGGACAGGUUAGCAAAAUUGGAGUAGUCUCUUGGAGUUCACAGUCUUGACCUUCAUUCUUUCAUGCUUUUUCAGAAAAGGUCAUGUACACUCAUUUCUUCAACCACCACUGACGCAAAUGAGUACAACAUCUCUUUCUCCAUCCUAGAACUCUUUUUUGGGGUAUUAGAUGUGUAAAUCUACGUAUUAACUGGAUAUCUCCUCCAGAAUGUAGAACUAUAUCAUUCAGGCUAGCUUUUCUUCCCGUUCCAUUCCUUUUCUUAGGAACUAGAUUAUGAUGAUUCCAGCAACUACAUUGAGCUGGAAACCCUGGGGGAAUUUCUCAAAUUCCUCUCUGUCCUGUUCCUCAAGAAGUUAAUGAUUGUUAUCAAUAUUGAUUGUACCACUAAAUAGCUAUGUGGAUAAUAUUUGGAGUCCUGUCAGGAUUAAAGCAUUGCCCCUAUUGCUUUCUAGCUGUAUGAAUAUGUGAAAUAUAUUUCAUCUGUAAAAUGGGGAUAGUAAUAAUAUCUCAUAGGGUUGUUGAGAGGAUUAAGUGAAAUAAACCAUAUAUGUAGCAAUUAACACAAUCCUUGUCUCAUCAUAAGUAUCUGAGAAAUAUUUCAUUAAUGCUAAGUUCUUAGUAUUGUUAGUCUUCUUUGUAACAUUGCCUCUACCAAUUAAUUAUGUCUGUUAUCAUCUUUCACCUCAGAUACUGCAUUAGCUUCUUAAUUGAUUUCAUUGUUUUCAGUCUUUUACACUGUAACCUAAACUACCAAUUGACUCAAAGUUAAACAUUCUAAAAGGCAUGGCUAAUGAUACUGCUUUCUGUCAAAUACUUUCAAGUAAUCUUCAUUACUUAUAGAACUGUUUUCCAUAGAAUGUUCUACAGAAAUAGCGGAUAUCAUAAUGGAUAUUUAAUAAAAAAGUUCCAUGGUCAAAUAACUGAAAAAUGCUUACACUCUGUGGUCAUGCAUAUGUCUGUCCAAGGGAAGGCUAGAGUUUGCAGCAUAUCUCCACACUAAAGUGACCAUUGAUAUUUGUGUCCACAUCCAUAUAAUUUUUCUGAGAGCAUUUCACUUUAUAUCUCUAAAAUAACCUACUGUUCCAUUAGCCACAGUUUAGAAAUCAUGGGACUACAGGGUAAUUUCUAAACUAAGCAUUAACUUCAUAAUCUAGUCCUAACUGACUUUUCCAUUACUAUCUCAAAACACACCAUAUAGUAAUACAUAGAUAAUAAUAAUAAUUAAAACAAUACCUAAUGUUUAUUAAGAGAUCUAUGCUGGGAACCAUGUUAAGUGCUCUGCUGCAUUAGCUUAUUUAAUCCUUAUACAGCCUUAUGAGAUAGUACCUUUGCUAUCUCUGUUUUAUACAUAGGGGCACCCAAGGUUCAGAGAGGAUGAGUAAUUAAAGCCAUUCAGCUGGCAAAUGGUAGAAUAUUGAUGUCAAUUCCUUUUUGAAGUCUUCGCCAAUACCCCCCAAGUCAGAGGUGAUAACUUUGUCCUCUGGUUCUCCACAGCAAUGACAUUAAUGGUUUCAACUGAAUAUUAAUUACUCUAUGAAGUCAUCAGAACUUGGGUUCUGUGAGAGUAGAGAAUAUGUCUUACUCAUCACUAUAGUUCCACCAUCUAGCAUAGGGUUCCCUAUGUAUAUUUAUAGAUUGCUAAUUUGAAAUGUUGGUGAGGUGUUUGACCUCUGGACCCUUCACUGUUAAAUAUUGUCUAAUUUAUCACUGAAAAUCAUUUGGACGGACACACACACACACACACACACACACACACACCACUUAAUUCCUUGUGAUCUAUUAUUUCUUCUACAUCUCCACAGGUUUCUAUGUACAUUGAGGUCUAGCAGGUAUAGGCAGGGUUUUAAUGUUCUAUGUAUUGACUAGCAGCAACUCAAAUCCAGUCUGUCCAUAUCUUAGCCAGAGACAUGGAGUCAUUAACAGGUGCUGUGUGUACAGACUGCUGCAGGUAGGACAUAGAUUGCCCACCCACUCUGGUUCCUGGGUGAGUGAUCCCUGGAGAUUAGUCCUCCUGGGGUCUGCUUCUGUCUAAUUGAACCAGACACUCCCUAAAGACCUAGUGGAAUAGAAGCUCUCUUCUUGCCCAAGGGAUUCCUGUGGAUGAGGUUCAAAUACUGUCUGUCCUAUUUUGCUCCAGAGUCUGCAUCUGUCUGCUUCUUUCACAUGUUGGGGAAGAACUUUCUCUUGAUCUUGGGUAAGUUUCUGGGAAGGUGAUAAAUAUUUGGUUCUCAAGAAUUUUAGGUUUUCCUGAAAUAAACUGAAUAAAUUAUUGAUUCAGAUGAGAUCUUCUUGAGUCCUCUGGAUAAUGUAGUAUAAGUACACACUUGACCUCUUAAACUGUUGCAGAGAUUUUGACUAUGCAGAGCGGGGAGUAUGGCUGAUUUUUUCCCCCAGAAUUAAAGUGGUUAAAAAAAAUAUUGAACACUGAAAAGUAAGUGUAUUAAAACUCAAAGCAUUAAGUUUAAAUAUACUAUUUAUAUAAAAGUUAGAAUUUAUUAUACUUUUACUGGCUUUGGUGGGAGAAAUUCAUAGAUAAUGCUUCCAAAAUAAAAUUAGGGAAAAAAUGAACCAUUAAAAUCACAUAAAACACACACAUAUAUAUAGGUGCUCCCAUUUUCCCUUUUGUCUUGGGCUCUGAUAUGGUUCAGUACAGCCUGGUCAAUUCUGUCUUUAUUUUAAAUUUUGACAUACUGUUCAUCAUGGAUAUUUUGCAUUAAUUUUGAUUUAAAAAUUGUAUUAAAAUAUUACUUAUCCUGUUUACUGAUAUUUUGGUGCCUGCUUACAUUUUUCGCUGAGGUAAGUUCUCACUCAUUUCCCUUUAGUCCUGAUCUUAGGAGACUCAACACCUGGACGGCAGAGCACAGUUACAAAGACAUGUGGUCCUCCUUCAAUCUUUAUGAACCUGAUAGUUAGAAAUGUACCUUUCAGUUUCAGGAGCAAAGACAUUUCCCUUUGUGUUCAAGCCAAAAUGAGGUGGGAUUUUCUGUUACUUAUAACGUGAAGUGUUAUCAUGGAUACAAGAGAGAAGAAAAGAAUUAUUCAUUUUAAUUUUCAGUUUGCUUUUUCACUUAACUGUACACCAUGGCUGAUACCUUUUUUCUUAAAAAUGGAAACAGAACAUUCUAUUGUAAUGUAUAUGCCAUGAUUUAUUUAUUGCUUGACUGAUGGAUAUGAAAGCUGUAAUAAUUUCUUUUAUUACAGCAACGAUAUAGCGAUGAAUAUCCUUAUAGAUAUAUCUUUAUGUUCUCAUGCUGUGCUACCAGCACUGGGGCUAAUUGUUUUUGUUAUGUUUUCCAGUCUGGUAGGAAAGCUAUGAUAUUUCAAUAUCACAGAUUUUUUUUUAACAUAUUGAACAUCUAUUCUUGUGUAUAUUGGCCAUUUUUCUUGUAGUGUGAAUUGCCUAUUUUGAUUCUUUGCACAUUUUCUGUUCAUUCCUCAUUCAUUUAUACUAACUUUUAAUUUUUAAAGAUAUUAACCUUUUGUCUAUUUUAUGUUUUAUAAUUUUUUCCUCCUAGAAUUAUUUAUUCUUUUGGAAUUUAUUCUUGUCUACAUUGUUGCAUAAAUGCAUCAUUCAAUUAUUACUAUCCAUGAAAUAUCAUUUUCUUAUCUUAGAAAGAUCUUUCCAGACAAAAAUAUUUUCCUAUGUUUUUACCUACAAACUUCCCUUUAAUUUUUAAUAAUUUUUGGUUUUGUUUU